AUGUGUAGAUAAUCCUUGCUACCACUGCAUUUUUGAAAGAUACAACAUUAGCCAUGGAAACCUGCAAAAGUGUUGCUUCUGCUCUCAAUAACUUCACAGCCCAGGAUUUAGCAGGCGCUAUCGACAAAGAUUAGUGGGAUAAAGUUGUGAUGGACUACUUUUCUGCAAAAGAUCAGUGUGAAUUGGAGUGACUUGACAUAACGGGCAAAACAAGCUGUAGCUAGCUACAAACGGAAAAGGCACUCUACCGUGAAGCGUUCAUCCAUGUAUACGACUGUCCAACAACUGUGCAUGGGCUGCAGUCUAUAUUUCAAGAACAGGAAAUGACAGAGACUGUCCAUGACACUGAGGGACAUGGAUAUCUUGCUACCUUCAUUGGCAAGAAUGGCAGGUUGGUUAUUCUGCGUGUGACCGCCCAUGGCCUGCUUACCAUUGAUCUGCAGUGUUGUGAAGGAGAUAACAUUGUACAAGUAGAGAAUCUUUUGAAUACACUGGAAGAGAAGCUGAGAAGUCUCCUACAUGGAAACAUUAAGAGGGUCAAGAGGCUCCCAGCUCUGACACGAGGUGCAGCUGUUGAUCGAUACUGGCCCACAGCCGACGGCAGACUGGUGGAGUAUGACAUAGAUCGGGUUGUAUACGAUGAGGACUCUGCAUACCAGAACAUAAAGAUCAUGCACUCACAGCAGUUUGGCAAUAUCCUGAUCCUCAAUGGGGAUGUUAAUCUGUCAGAGAGUGACCUGCCCUACACCCAGGCCAUCAUGGGCAGAGGGCAAGAGAACUAUGCAGGGAAGGAGGUGCUGAUCUUAGGAGGCGGCGAUGGAGGAAUCCUCGCAGAGGCCGUCAAACUCAAGCCAAAGAUGAUCACCAUGGUGGAGAUCGACCAAAUGGUGAUUGAUGGGUGUAGAACACACAUGAGGAAGGCAUGUGGAAGUGUUCUGGACAACCUGAAGGGAGAAUGUUACCAGGUGUUGGUAGAGGACUGCGUUCCUGUUCUAAAAAAGUAUGUUGAGGAAGGGAAGACGUUUGAUUACGUCAUCAAUGACCUCACAGCGGUCCCCAUCUCCACAGCGCCGGAGGAGGACUCUACAUGGGAGUUCCUACAGCUUAUCUUGGAUCUCUCAAUAAAAGUACUGCGUCCUACUGGGAAGUACUUCACACAGGGUAAUAGUGCCAAUCUGACUGAGACACUGGCUCUUUAUGAGGAGCAGCUGGGAAGGCUCUCAUGUCCUGUAGACUUCUCCAAGGAGGUGGUGUGUGUGCCCUCUUAUAUGGAACUGUGGGUUUUCUACACCGUUUGGAAGAAGUAAAGAGCCCCCCCGGUCUCCUCCGUACGCUGCCUGCAGGAAUGUGAAAACUGUCCACCCCCCCAUUGUCCGCCGUCGCACUGAGGGGAGAGAUGACCCCCCCCCCCCAUUUCUACUCACACUGUUUUAUUAUCCUUCCAUGUCCAACUCGCUCUUAAACCCUUUUUACAUCUUAGUUACAUCAUUUUAUGUCCAAACUUACAAGAGAUUGUAUUUCUGUUAGUUGGAUAUUUUGAAUUGGGCUGUUGUUUUUGCGUGUGCCCUCCAGGGAGAGCUGUGGGGCUGACCGUGUAGGGCUGCUGCCACUGGUCUAGGGUAUAGACUUCUCUGACUAUAGCCUGGUUCCAGACCUGUCUAGGGUAUAGACUUCUCUGACUAGCCUGGUUCCAGACCUGUCUAGGGUAUAGACUUCUCUGACUAUAGCCUGGUUCCAGACCUGUCUAGGGUUUAGACUUCUCUGACUAUAGCCUGGUUCCAGACCUGUCUAGGGUAUAGACUUCUCUGACUAUAGCCUGGUUCCAGACUUCUCUGACUAUAGCCUGGUUCCAGACCUGUCAAGGGUAUAGACUUCUCUGACUAUAGCCUGGUUCCAGACCUGUCAAGGGUAUAGACUUCUGACUAUAGCCUGGUUCCAGACCUGUCUAGGGUUUAGACGUCUCUGACUGUUGUGUAGUUGUCAUGCCAUACAGGUUACAUGUUUUAUACAUGGCAGGGCAACAAUUCUCAGAGGAGUUGGCAAAAUAUCAUAUAGGUCUGGGACCAGGCUAUAGUCAGAGGUCUAAAGCCGAGACAGAUCUGGGACCAGUAUUUAAACACUCUCGGUACACCCACCCCUUCAGGGUGUUGUUACUUUUCAAAUUUGACUUAAAACAGCAUCAACAUACAAUAGGCUGUUGGGUUCUGAUUGUGUGAUAGGAUAUGUGCUCGUCGUAGUCUCAAAUGAAUGUCUGUUUGUGUGUUUGAUUGUUUUUCUUCUUUUGUUGUAGCUAACUGGCUUGAGUGUGAUUUCAUUCCCAGUCCUUUCCAAGUGUCCAAAUGUGUUUUUAAAAGGGAAAAAGGUUUCUUGCUUGUACUGCUUUAAUGUGAAUUGUGUUUUUAUUAUUUAGCACCUUUUUUAGUUUCUCCUGAUGGAUUUUAUUUUACAUAUUCAGUUUAGAAUUUUUCUCUAACUUUGUCUGGUGCAUGUGCUGGAAAUUUAAACUAUUUUUAUUGAAUGUAGCUUCCCAUAUACACAGUGCAACUUCAUGCCUUUGAUCAAUAUUGUGGUGCUUUGUUAAAUGUAUUUAUUUGAUAUUAUUUCACCAAAUGCUGUUUUAUCCAAAAUACCUUUUUGUUCAGCAGUGACUACCUGCUAUUAAAAAUGAGUUGGAGAAGAAAAUGUUUUUCUUUUGCCUGAUUCAGAGGAGUAUAUCAGAUAUCUUAGCUAGCAGUCACAACUGACAGACAAUUUGGGUGUUUCUACUGAAAGUACAGAAUCAUACCAAUGCAAACUCAAUACAGAUUUUCUUGCAUUUCCUUUCAUUCUACCAUGAGCAAUGUUGAUUUCAAUAAACCUUCCCCUUUGUU